UUGUGUCCCAUGAGAUAGAGAGAGAGAGCGAGAGAGAAAUAUGAGUGCACAUACUGUAGUUAUAGCCUCCCUCACACCUUGACAAGUAACUCAACUUACUACUCACAUUUACUAUUCACAAGGGCAAUUAACUUAAAUCUUCUGAAACUGAAGUUCCACACUUGAUCUGAAUGAUCUCAAUUGGGCUAGGAUGAAAGGAAACGAGAUGCAGGCGUCGACCUUGUGUUUGUGUGUGUGAGUGUGUGCGUGCGUACGCGCGUUCACGUGCGUGGGCACCGAACACAGAGAUCCUCUUCUACCUAUCUGAACAUGGAUUCGUGUUGUUUAUGGAAACUGGAGAAACCGGAUUUCAUUAUCAAUAUUCAGUCCAUGAUUCACAGAACCCAUCGACACAGCGUGACCUUAGUGAGCUUCUGACGUCACCAAGGGAGAAUCGUCGUCAACGUGUCCAUGCAGAGAGUGGUGCGCAUAGUAGGCUAUGCACGGCUGGAGGAGAGCGGCAAGUGGCAGAGGUGGUUACACUGCUUACAGCGUUGAGCAAUGCUAACGGAAGGAUAGCGUCAGAAGACUGCACCGCGCUCCUCAAGUACUACUCUACAGAAAGGAAAUCUAGAUUUUGAUUUCUUAUAUCCAGUGGCGUAAAAGAGGAAAAAGGACAUAAAGAACUAGUAAUUGUAUUUCUUUUUUUCUUCUUCUCUGUCUCUCUGUCUUUGUGGCGUUGUCUCUCCUCUCCCCUUCCCCAUCUCUCUUCUCCAUCAUAUCUCUCUCUCUCUCUCUCUCUCUCUCUCUCUCUUUCUCUCUUUCUCUCCCUUGCUCAACAGUCACGGACUGCGCUGGGGGGAAAGGCAAUGCAGUUGAAUGAAACUGGGGUAUUGUUCGUGGUGGGAGAUGCGCAUAUGGAAUGAUGCUAUGUCUUUAGCGUACAGAUGCAUAUGUUGUUUAUUAAUAAAUAGUUUGUUGACAAUAAAAAAACAAUGACAGAAAACAAAAGAUUUAUAAAUAGAAACCAUCAAAUGGAAAUUGCAUUGCGGGUUUGGUGACCUUCUCAGUCCUUUGCAGUGUGUCGGUGUGUACUGUAUGUGUGUGCGUGUGCAUGUGCGUGUGUAUCCCUAUGUGCGCGUGCGUGUGCUUAGUAGACAGGGAGGGAGUGAGGGAAAGGAGGGAGGGUCAGAGAGGAGAGGAUACAUUUGUGAAUGGAGCUUGCUGGCUGUGCGCGCGCUGGCAGAGUUAAAAUUAGCUCUGUGUUUUUUUUUGUCUGCGCAGCGUGUCAGUCAGGCUAGAAUCAAAACGAUCUCGCAGAUUUUAAACGUUUUUUUCUAAAAAUAGAAUAAAUCACUGCAAGGUGAUAGCUCCAAGCCUAAUACGAAGGCUCACUUUCUGUCCCAUUUUUCUGUUAUGAUCCUCUCCCUAGCUGCAGCCAUGAGCAGUGGUGGCCUUCCCCAGAACACUACUUCCUCUGCAACCUUUGACCCCUCAUCCCUGGACCCCUGGCUUGACCCUUACCCUGACCUCCCUGGGGUCAACUCCUCCUCCGCAGUCCCCGUCCGCACCUCCACAUCUGACCUUGACCUACGACCUCUGACCUCACCCCAGGAUGUCAGCCCAUGGGACGUGGCAUUAUGUGUCACAGGAACCCUCAUCUCCUGUGAGAAUGCUCUGGUCAUUGCUGUCCUGUUCUACACGCCGACCCUUCGAGCUCCUAUGUUCAUCCUGAUUGGUUCGCUGGCGUUCGCCGACCUCCUGGCGGGUCUCGGACUCAUCCUAAACUUUGUCUUCAUCUAUCUGGUCAAGGGAGAUGUCGUGACCUUGGUUUCCACGGGGAUACUUAUCGUGGCGUUCUCUGCGUCCAUUUUGAAUAUCCUGGCCAUCACUGUGGACAGGUACCUGUCGCUGUACAACGCGUUGACCUAUCACACCGAACGGACUGUCCUCUUCACGUACCUGGUAAUAGGGCUCAUCUGGUUGGUGGGUCUGAUCCUUGGAGUCCUCCCUGCCCUCGGGUGGAACUGUCUAGACGACGAAACGACUUGUAGCGUAUGCCGACCAGUCACGAAAUCCAACGCCGUUGCACUCGCAGUCUUCUUCCUAUUGGUCUUUGCAGUCAUGAUGCAACUCUACCUACAGAUCUGUAGGAUUGCGUUCCGACAUGCUCAGCAAAUCGCAGUCCAACAUCAAUUCAUCGCUAUUUCCACGACCAAAGGAGUCCAGACACUCUCUGUGAUUCUCUGCGCUUUCGCUAUGUGUUGGUUGCCGUUCGCAAUGUAUUCUAUAGUGGCGGACUCGAGUUAUCCUAUAAUAUAUACAUACGCCACUGUGCUGCCGGCGGCGUGUAAUUCUGUUAUAAAUCCAAUUAUAUACGCUUUCAGGAACCCAGAUAUACAGAAGGGGUUGUGGUUGGCGUGCUGUGGGUGUGUCCCGUCAAAUUUGAGUCUCAGACCAAGGGCGAGGACCUCCAGUGAUGUAUAGGGAACCUGAACAUACAGAAAGCUUGAUUAACUGGCUCAGAGCGUGUGGAGGACGUUGCCAGGCCAGGCCAACGGGGAGAUGGGAAUGUCGAGCCCUGGAGAAGGGUUUCUGGCUGCGACCCCUCCAAUCUCUCCCUCCCACCAUACAUCCAGUGAUGUAGAGGUAGGGGUGUUUGGGUCGUCAGAGGAAGGGGAUCCCCUCUCCUCCCCCCUUUCUUUAGGGGUGUGUUGACGUCAAGGCAAGAUGGCACCCCUCCACAAACCUCUGACGAUGUAUAGGUUUGGGGUGUGGUGAGGUCAAGGUUCAAAGGUGACUAACAAGGCAAGGUCGACCCCCUUUUAGGACCUCCAACCUCCAACAAUGUAUAGGUUUGGGGUACGGUGACGUCAGAACAGGGUGGCGAGGAGAAAUGUGACCCAAUCCACACCUCACCUGCCUAGGGCUGAGACCAGUGUUGGGUGGCGGGUGUGGCUCCCCCUAGUCAUACGUUGAGGAGGCAUGGACUGGACUGAGAAGGUCUGGGAUGCAUUACCCUGGGCCUAGCCCUACCCAAGCCCACUGGAUAGAGAUGGUAGUAGUGGACUGUGACUGUGUGUGGGGCUAAGGUGAAACACUUAUAGGCCUCUACAAUGCUUCUAGCUCAGAAGGUGAGCAUGAGUAGUAGAGAGCCUAGUAGGAGUUGGUUGGAAGGUGAUAAGGAGUCUUCAUAAACACAUGAUGAGCUAACUCACUUAUGAGCAAACUAGCCGACCAUUGUAAUGUGUGUUAGAUUAGGGUACUACAACCUUGAGGUUUUCAGGGUUUUCAUCCAUUUUUGGACUUACAAAUACUGACAUAUACCCAUUGGUUAUUGAAAAAUAUAACUUAUAAAUGCCUCAUGAGCAUGUAUCAACUGUCAUACAUUGUCAUUGUUUUAUUUAAGGAUUCUAGCUUUAAACUAUCCUGCUUAAACUGUCAUGCCCCAAGGAUCGUGUUGCAAAUGAUGACUAUAACCGGCAUUAGAACACCAAGAACAAUUGUUAGAGCCAAGUCACAAGGCUACACAAACAAACAAACAAACAAACAAACAAACAAAGUCAAUAUGAAGCCUGAUUCAUGUUUAACCUUAAAGAAAAAACAUACAUUUUUAGAAAAGCCCAAACUUUUAAAACAUUCCCUUGUUUCCCACAAAACAAACCAUUAAACAAACCUACAUUCAGGAGGUAUAAAAAUAGAAUAACAGUACUAGAAUUCCUAGAAAUCUAAAUUUUCGAUGGUUAUCAUCAUGGCGAGAAAUGCAUCUAAAACAUUCUAAACCUGUUUCAGCACCAUGGCCUUCGCCUAGCAAAUCAAGCCACUAUCCCCAAGCACCGAGAACUCAUUUCAGCACCAUGGAUAGCGACCGGGGAGCCAACGCUCAUAGUCCCUAAUAGCCACUGAUGUAAGGUCAGUUUUGUGUUUUCCCAUAUAUUGGUUAAAGUUAGAAUUCAGGAAGUGUAAUCUGAUCCUCGAUCCCUGUCUAAGCCAAGGGAAAUUCUACCCUCCGGAGCCAUCUAUUCAGACCGUUGUUUUCACACAGCUCAUAUGUUGUAGGGUUUAAUAAUGCAUUAUAAAACAGCCCUGGCGUUGAGAGAAAGAGGGAGCACAGGCCCAUGAUUUUUAGAUUAACAGGAUCUUCCCAGGCAGACAGAGAGAGAGAUGACAAUAUGUGUGUGUCACUGCCGACAGCUCGUGUUCGCAGAAGCUUUGGUCGUGUUCCGUAAUGACGUGAUGGGUUCUACCAUUCUAAAUGUUGCGAAGGGUUCUAAAUGAUAGGAGAUGUAGAUGACCGUUGGAGGUAUCUGUUUAUCUGUCCUAUCUAUCAGUUAGCUUAUUAGAAUAGUGUGACAUGCAAUCAUAACAAUUCAUAUACAUCUGAAUUAAAUGUAUUAUUUGAUAUCAUUAAUGGAGUUCAAUUUGAAUUUAAACUAGGCCUAUUGAAAACUUAGUCUAUGUAGGUUUAAAAGCCUUGAUUCAGCCAGACAAGUUAAACAAUAAUGAUUGAUCAACAUCCAUCUGUCAACCGACAAUGUAAACAGUAUAUUGAUUAUCCAUCAUGUCAGAUGAACAGACGUCGAUCCAAAUCCGAUAGGGUGUCUAUCAAUAAGAUGGCGAUGCAUGGACGACACAGCACUAGACAAUAACAGAACACCAGAACGUUUCCUGAAACACAAAACCAACAUUCCGUUACAUAGGCUCUAGGUUCCAUAUUCAUUAUGUUAUUGGCCUAUAUACCCCUCAUUUCCCCUCUCCAUAUCUAAGUCUCUACGCAAGUUUCAAAUCACAUGCUCCCGCUCGGCUCUGCAUCUCUGGAUGUCUGCAAUAGAGGGAAGCUGACGUGUCAUAGCCAGCCCCGGGAAGGCUCAAUGGCUCAGCGGGUUAAUAAUGACCAAGAUACACUAUACAAGCUGUAACUCGCCUAGCCACGCUAGCUUCACCCUGAUGUGGGCGCUAACAAGCUAGCAAGCAUGCUCGGUAGUGCUAGGUAUCAACAGCCAUUGUCACCCAAUCCGUUAGGGGCUUGAAGUUACAGUGAGCUGGAAGCGGGGUCACUCACGUCGCAAUGUGGCGGAGGAUUUGUAUAAAGUUUCGCUUUCCCCAUCUUUAGUCCCGCCCUGUGCUCAACAGUACACCGUUCACUCUUCUUCUCUUCACUCUCCUUGCAUUGAAAAUGAAUGGGAAGCCAUUGUUACACCGCACGGUGCUGUCUCUAGUGUAUCCAGGCCAUAAGGGUUUGAUAGGUGAGCCGCCAGGCGUGACGUGGUAGGGUAAUGUGACCCGUGUUCACACAUCCAUAGUUUCACACACAGAUUAUACUGAGGUUAGUUUCUCAUGAAAGGGUAGCUUGCAGUUGUAGGCUAACCCGCUGAUAUACAUAGGACCUUAGUGAUGGUGAUAGGGGUGUGGUAAGAUUGUAGGUUAGUAAUAUUAUGUCAUAAUACCUUGAAAUGGCUUCCUUUCAUUGUCUCCUUUCCUACACAACCUCGGAUAGGUGGUUAGUAAGGAGAGGAGACGAGAAGAGGACGCAAAUUAAGACUAUUAAGAUGUAGCCCAAACUGUAAAGAAACCAGAUGUCCUUUUCCUUCCAUGACUUCUGAUACUGGAGCUUAUGUGAAAAGCCUUGCUACAUUAAGGUGAAGAGACGAGGAGAGGAAGCAAAUUAACACUAUUAGGAUGUAGCCCCUAAAUCCAAAUUAAACAGAAAUCGAGAUGACACUUUCUUAAAAAUCUUUCUGAUGAGCAAACAUGUUUGUUUGUCAUCUCACAACUACAAUUUUGCAACUGUAUCCACUGUACUGUAAAAACAACAACAAUUGUAAAAGACUGCUGUGGCCUGUGAGAUGUGCCAGCCAUCGGGUCUAUCUAUAGGUCAAUGGAGAGCUGGCUGUCUUAUGAGGGUAAGAGUUUCGCCUAUAGAGCAUGAUGUUUAAAAAUGACUAAAUGAAGGCAAAUUGUACAAAAAUAUUUGUAUAUUGUCAAUGAGUCACCAUCACUAUUCGAGGGGAAUUACACAAUUCAACACUUUCACUGAAAAGAAAACGUAUCAAAAACAAAUAGCAAAAAAUAUAACAAACAACUCUCAAAAUGGCACACAUACAGGACAAGAGAACUUCUUUCUAAAAUGAUCAUGGGAUUUUUCUACAUUGUAAAGUGGUGUUUUUUAUAUUGUUUUUCUAUUCAGCGGGAUUGACGACCAAAAACAAUCACAUGCUUUCGAGGUUAGCCUGUGUCCCAAAUGGCACCCGAUUCCUUAUAUAGUGCACUUUUGACCAGAGCUGUAUGGGCCCUCCAAAGGUAGUGCACUGCUAGCUACAAUCGAGAGAGCUGGACCUAAUGGCAGAGGGAAUCCAUUCAAAUUAAAUUCUCACUACCUUAAACUUUCAACAAUCAAAAAUAGAAAUAAAUAUUGGUUAGCAUAUAUCAACAAAAAAACAAUUUUUGACCACCAUAUGACUGAUUAUAAAUCGAGAUAUGUAUUACCUGUUUGUGUCAGCCCUUAAAUGCACAAGACAACAGAUGUAUAUUGGGGUCUGCUGUGUACUCCUCUCUCGUUGGGGUGUACUAACUACGAACUAAACAGAACCAAACGGAAGCAGAAGCAAACGGGGAGGGGCCAACUUGAAUUUGUUUUUGUCGCAAGACAUUUUACGUUUGAAGUAAAACAUUUCCGUUGCAAAGCAUUUUGCCCCCGUUUCUGACUAAUGAAUACACCCCAGGUCACUCUCUGAUGGAAACGUGCGUAACCACUGGUGAACACGCAAAACUCUGUGUUCUUAUGUGAGGUGCGUUCUCCGAUGUAAUUGAAUCCCAUCUGUGAAUAUACCACUCUGUCAUGCCCGUAGAACAGGGGUGGGACUACCUAGCACCGUGUGUGUGUGUGUGUCUGUCACCCCCUGGUUUAUAUUGCCAAUACUGUAUUGUAAUGUGAUGUCACAAAAAACAGACACUGUAAACAGGAGAUGGUCAGGCUCCUGGAGGCUUUCCUGGAGGGCUGCAGCAAACCUGUGGCCUGUUCAUUUGGGCACGCAACGGAAGACAUUAUAAAACCCCUUGCAAAAGAAAAUGAACGUGUUUCUUGUUGGAAAAGUCCAGGUAGUUCCAUCUAGCUUCAGUCCAUUUUCUUCCAUUUGGUGUCUAAAUUAGUGUCUUGAUUUACACAUGGGAAACCAUGUGUGAGCACUUUAUAGCCAACCAGUGACGCUAAUUUGUUAAUUGGUCAAUUGGUCAAUUAACUGAGGGAUGAAAACUACAGCAGACACUGUGGCCCUCCAGGAUAAAAGCUUCUCUCUCUUAUGCAUAAACACAUCAAGAUGGGCCAUACAUACUGCUGUAGGCAUAUCUUUACAAUCAAAUCAAAUUGUAUUAGUCACAUGCGCCGAAUACAACAGGUGUAGUAGACCUUACUGUGAAAUGCUUACUUACGAGCCCCUAAGCAACAAUGCAGUUCAAAAAUACAGAUAAAAAUAAGAAGUAAAAGUAAAAAUUAAAUAAAGAGGAGCAGUAAAUUAAGAAUAGCGAGACUAUAUACAGGGGGGUAUCGGUACAGAGUCAAUGUGCGGGGGCACCGGUAGUUAAUAAAGGUAGAGUUAUUAAAAUGACUAUGCAUAGAUAAUAACAGAGAACAGCAACGGUGUAAAAGAGAGGGGGGGGAUGCAAAUAGUCUGGGUAGCCAUUUGAUUAGAUGUUCAGGAGUCUUGGGGGUAGAAGCUGUUUAGAAGCCUCUUGGACCUAGACUUGGCGCUCCGGUACCGCUUGCCGUGCGGUAGCAGAGAGAACAGUCUAUGACUAGGGUGGCUGGAGUCUUUGACAAUUUUUAGGGCCUUCCUCUGACACCGCCUGGUAUAGAGGUCCUGGAUGGCAGGAUGCUUGGCCCCAUGGAUGUACUGGGCCGUUUGCACUACCCUCUGUAGUGCCUUUCGGUCAGAGGCCGAGCAGUUGCCAUAUCAGGCAGUGAUACAACCAUUCAGGAUACUCUCGAUGGUGCAGCUGUAGAACCUGUUGAGGAUCUGAGGACUCCAUGCCAAAUUUUUUCAGUCUCCUGAGGGGGAAUAGGUUUUGUCGUGCCCUCUUCACAACUGUCUUGGUGUUAUUGGACCAUGUUAGUUUGUUGUUGAUGUGGACACCAAGGAACUUGAAGCUCUCAAACUGCUCCACUGCAGCCCCGUCGAUGAGAAUGGGACUGUGCUCGGUCCUCUUUUUCCUGUAGUCCACAAUCAUCUCCUUUUUCUUGAUCACGUUGAGGGAGAGGUUCUUGUCCUGGCACCACAUAGCCAGGUCUCUGACCUCCUCCCUAUAGACUGUCUCGUCGUUGUCGGUGAUCAGGCCAACCAUUGUUGUGUCAUCGGCAAACUUAAUGAUGGUGUUGGAGUUGUGCCUGGCCAUGCAGACAUGAGUGAAAUAGAUUAUAUUAAUUAUAUUUCUAUAGGCUCAACACAAUCUCUUCAGGAGGGAAAAGGAGUGUGGUUAUUUUUCUUAUGCAAUGCUGUACAGAAACUUAUAUUUUUAUAUUCGUCGUCAGGGCAUGAGUUUAAACAAACAUGGUUGUUACAGUGUGUGCGACUUGCGUGUGUUCGUAUUAUCAAUGGUCAAAAUAAUUUUCUUGAAACAAUGUGUGUUGAAUUAUGCUAAAAAGUGCCAUAUUUCUUACCUAUUACUGGUGUCUUAUUUUGGUUGAUGUAUUACAUGUAUUGAUCAUGUAUGUGUUUGUCUCAUGUAUUUCAAGGUAAAUGCAUUCACGAGCUAUGAAAAAAAACGACAGCCUAUCACGAGCUAUGAAAUAACAUGAUAGCCUAUCACCAGCCAUGAAAAAAACAUUACAACCUAUCACGUUUGAUCUUGUGUAGAGAUGAUAUAUAAAGAACAAGAGCACUAAAACCAAACUGAUCCCCCCCCCAACAAAAACAUAAACCAUAGGAGGGAAGACACAAAACUGAUCUAGGAUCAGCUUACCCCACCCCAAUCCCUACCUAACCAUAGGAGAAGAGAGCACUGAAAAAUUACCUUGAAAAUAUGAGCUAAAUAUGAGUUAAGAAAAACUGCAAUCGAGGACCUUUGUGGCAGCAAAAAUUGACAAGAGUAUAUUUAUCUGUGCUCUGUGAAUAACAAUGUGGAAUAUAGGAGGAACCUAAACUCAUAGGCAAUAUUCACCAGAGUAGAGCAGACACAUUAACGUGCCAUUCUGAGAGCACAUUGCCAAAAAAGACACAUCAAUAUCACUCUAAAUAGGCCUAAUUAAGAUUCAAUACAAUCUUUAUUGACCCAUUAUACAGAGAACAGAAAAAGCAAGAUGGACUUACAUAAAAAAGAAGAAGAAAACAGGGCGGGGAGGCAGCAAUGAACGUCACACUGUCUAUCUGGUUACAGGUGACGUCAUUGCUGAGAAGAGAAGAGCGGAAAAGGUCAUUUCAAAGACACUUUCUGCCUGCUUCCCAAAUUGAACCCUAAUCCCUAUAUAGUGCACUACAUUUGAUCAGGACCCACAUAGGGCUCUAGUCAAAAGUAGUGCACUACAUAGGAAAUAGGGUGCCAACGUAGUGCACUUUAUAGGGAAUAGGGGCCAAAGUAUAGGGAAUAAGGUGCCAUGUCAGACUGUGCUACUCUCUCUGUAACAUUUCACAAAUCCUACCCAGAAAUAAAUCUGUCUCCAAACUAUAAAUAGCAAGCUGAAAGCGAUGUUUACCCCCUGAGCAACUUGAAAAUCCUCUCAUUGCUCCAUUAGACAAGAAGCGUCUCUCUCUCUGUCUCUGUCUCUCCUCCCUCCCCCCUCUCUCUCCCCCUCUCCCCUCCUGCCUUUCUCCUCCUCCUCUCUCCUUCCUUCUUUCUCUCUGACAGAUCUGAGAAUAAUGUAAAGCUGGAUUCUGUUUUGAAUGCUUUUGCUGCUUUACAAAAGAACCCCACUAAACCUAAGCCACCUGCACUUAUGAGAAAAUGUGUGUGUGUGUGUGAAGCGCUUUCAGCACUUGGAGAAGCGUUAUAAAUCCCAUUCAUGAAAACGUUAGAACAUUUUAAAAUGUAAUGUUGGGCUAUUUUCUCUCCCUGUCACCCCUUUCACUAAGAUAUUGUCUAUAGCAGUACCUGAGAGCUAAACUUCACUGGGACCAUAUAUGGCCUUCACAGAUUAAACAGUGUUGGUGCAUUAUCGUUGCAUUAUCAUUGUUUCUAGGGGUGAAUCCUAACUUCCACAAGUUUUCACUUAGUCAUGCAUUGAUGUCAACCGGUGACUAAGUGAAAAUGCAACUUAUGUAAGUGGAAGUUAGGAUUUGUCCCUCAUAGACUAAGGAAGUCAGGCCCUGAGCAAAGGAUGUGAUUGGUUGAUGAUACUGUGAUGUAACAGAGCUAACAUCUUGUUGUUGUUCUUACUGGCUAUGUCCCAAAUGACUCCCUAUCUCCAAUAGAGAGCACUAGUAAAAUGGCGUCUUUUUGUAGGCACUAACUCCGCGAGGGACAAAGCCUAUGGGUAAAUUAAUGGAGUUAAAUGCUGAAAAUGUGGUCUGUGGUAAACACAGGCUUUGAUCUUAUAUACCUUUGGUCUAUGAGAUGAUCAUUUUCAUCAGCUAACGUCACUUUUUGUGAAUUUUGAAGCAUUUAUGUAACAAAAAAAGCACAUAAAGCACAUAAAGGCUUCAAAAUUCAUAAAGGUCAGAAGUUAACUGACUGAUAUUGUCUCAUAGAAUGAAACGUAUAAAAUCUCCUAAGCCUGUGUUAACCUUCGACCUUAUUUUCGGCGAUUAUCCAAUACCGCUAUUCUUUUCCCAUUUAUUUUCCCUUUAGCAAUGGCUGAACUAAACAGAGGCAACUCAUUUCUGGGUUUUAGGACUACAAGCUGGCGAGCUCUAUAAAGUGCACUACUUUUUAACAAAAGUAUUAGACUAUGUGGGGAAUAGGGUGUCAUUUGUGACACAGGCCGAAUCAUGUUUUUAUUUUCUUCUUUGUAUUGUGAAAUAUCAAUGUGAUGACAAAGUACAAUGCACUUCAUAGUUGUCUUCCAAAUGGAACCCUAUUCCCUAUAUACUGCACUGCUUUUGACCAGAGCCUUAUGGGCCCUGGUCAAAAGUAGUGCACUACAUAGGUAAUAAGGUGCCAUUUGGGAUGCACAUUAUGAGCGAAACAAGUUACACAUUGCACUAUAAGUGUUGAAUGUAUAAUAAUACUAAUAUUGCCGACAAAUUAUUUAUUUUUCCUAUUGCAAAUAAAUUCAAGAAAUCAAAAAGAAAAAAAACAAGUGAGAGUAAUUUGCCAAAUAAACUGAUAAACAAAAAAUAAACAAUUUUUUAUUUAUUUAUG